AUGCCGAGAGAGAAACUCAUCACAUCUGAGAGUGAUGUCAGCAUCGAGGUGGAUGAUGGAAACGAAGGUGAAUUCAACCUGUACUAUGUUGGAAUGGAUGUGGAUUCUAAUGGAGAACAAGAAAUGGAGAGAGAGAAGAAAAAGAGGAAAGAGAGAAAGGCUGAGAGAGGAGGAGCCACACGGCACAGAAGAAGGUCAGAGGAGAGAAACGGCAAUGCAGACAAUGAGAGAAGAGGAAGACUAAAGGAUGGACGGAGAAGAAAGAGAGAAGGAGAGGCAGAGGAGGUCACAAAGGAGAAAAAGAACAGUAAGAAUGAGAGAGCAAAGAAAGCGCAUCAAGAAGAAGAAGAGGAGGUAGUGGAGGUAGAGGAGGAAGACGAGAAGAAGAAAAAUAAACAGAAGAAAAUGGAGGACGGAGAGGGAAAUGGAAAGAAGUUCAAGGGAGAAGCGGACAGACAAGCGAAAGAGAGGAAGAGAAAGAAAAAGACAACAAAAAGCAGUUCUGAGUCUGAGACAUGUUCUUCAUCAGAGGAGGAGGAGGAGGAGAAGAAGGAGGAGGAAGGUGGUGAUGAAGAGUUCGUGGUGGGCUCUCUGAGUCCGGAGGAGCUGGAGAAGCUGAAGGAGGCAGUGGACGAAAGGAAGAAACUCAUCGCCACGCUGAGAGGAAAACCCUGGCCCAUGCGCAAGAAACUGCCCACGCUCAGGGAGUCGCAGGUGUUUGUGGAGAAGUAUGAGGGGGCUUUGGGGAAAGGCAGAGGGAGGAGGCUCUAUGCCUACAAGGUCAUGAUGAGGAAGAAAUGGAUGAAGUUUCAGAGAGACUUUGAGAACUUCAAGACGGCCUGCAUCCCAUGGGAGAUGAAGAUUAAGGAGAUUGAAAGUCAUUUUGGAUCAUCCGUCGCCUCCUACUUCCUAUUUCUGAGAUGGAUGUACGGUAUCAACAUGAUUCUCUUCAGUCUGACGUUUGGGCUCGUUAUGGUUCCUGAGGCACUGAUGGCGCGGCCAUAUGGGAGCAUUCCCAGGAAGACUGUCCCAAGAGAAGAACAGGCCAAUGCCAUGGACUUCGCUGUCUUGUGGGACUUUGGGGGUUAUGCUAAGUAUUCUGUCCUCUUCUAUGGCUACUACAACAACCAGCGAGCUAUUGGCUGGCUCAAGUUCCGCAUGCCCUUGUCCUACUUUUUGGUCGGGGUGGGCACGGUGGCUUACAGUUACAUGGUGGUCAUCAGAACCAUGGCACGUAAUGCCAAAGAGGAUGGCGGAGGAGAUGACACCAGCUUCAAUUUCAGCUGGAAAAUAUUCACCAGUUGGGAUUACCUGAUUGGUAAUACAGAGACAGCUGACAACAAGUUUGCCUCCAUCACCACCAGCUUCAAGGAGGCCAUUGUUGAGGAGCAGGAGAGCAGAAAAGACGACAACAUCCACCUGACACGAUUCCUCCGGGUUUUGGCCAACUUCUUGGUUCUGUGUUGCCUGGCAGGAAGUGGGUACCUUAUCUAUUUUGUGGUGCGCCGCUCUCAGAAGUUUGCCUUGGAGGGACUUGACAACUAUGGCUGGUGGGAGAGAAAUGAAGUGAACAUGGUCAUGUCCUUGUUGGGGAUGUUUUGUCCAAUGUUGUUUGAUGUCAUCAGUACUUUGGAGAAUUAUCACCCCCGAAUUGCCCUGCAGUGGCAGCUGGGCCGCAUCUUCGCCCUCUUCCUGGGCAACCUUUACACCUUCAUCAUAGCCCUCAUGGACCAGAUCAACCUCAAGAGGGCAGAAGAGGAGAAAGUGAAGUUCAACAUGACUAUAUGGCAGGCCAACCUGUAUAAUGGAACCCUACCUGAGAACUCCACUGCAAUUCCAAUCAUGGUGGACCCUGCAGACGUGCCUAGAGGACCUUGCUGGGAGACGAUGGUGGGACAGGAGUUUGUCCGCCUGAUAAUAUCAGACACCAUGACCACCUACAUUACCCUGCUGAUUGGUGACUUCCUCAGAGCUGUCCUGGUGCGUUUCCUCAACCACUGCUGGUGCUGGGACCUGGAGUACGGCUUUCCCUCCUAUUCGGAGUUUGACGUGAGUGGGAAUGUACUUGGCCUCAUAUUCAACCAGGGCAUGAUCUGGAUGGGAGCGUUCUAUGCCCCCUGUCUGCCCGCUCUGAACCUUCUCCGGCUUCACGUGUCCAUGUAUCUGCAGUGCUGGGCCGUCAUGUGCUGUAAUGUCCCUCAGGAACGUGUCUUCAAAGCCUCCGGCUCCAACAACUUCUACAUGGCCAUGCUGCUGGUCAUCCUGUUCCUGUCUACACUGCCUGCCAUCUACACCAUCGUCUCCAUCCCUCCAUCCUUUGACUGCGGACCAUUCAGUGGGAAAAGCCGCAUGUUUGAUGUGAUUCAGGAGACCCUGGAGACAGACUUCCCAGCCUGGUUCGGAAAAGUGUUCAGCUAUGCCUCUAACCCUGGCCUGGUCCUGCCCUUUCUACUGCUCAUGGUUCUGGCGAUAUAUUACCUCCACUCCACAUCCAAAACCUACAAACAUGCCAACCUGGAGCUGAAAAAGAAACUCCAGGCUCAAAGCGAGGAGAAUAAGAAGAAGAACAAACUGGCAGCACAGAAGGCAGCUGACGAUCUGGAGCAGGCUAAGAGCAUGGCCGCCGCUGAGCAGCAGGAGAAACAGAGCAAUAACAAUGCUUCAGUGAAAGGAAAAGACAGCAAGAAUAGCAGACAGAGAAGUGGUCAUCUUUCUCCCACAGUCCAGGGUUACCACACCAACCCCUUGCAUUCUCACACCACUCCUUCCACCAGACCUCCCGCGCCCAGAGCCUACCACACACCUGGACCCUUACCAGGACAUCCCAGACAACCGGGGCCUAGAAAACAGGACAGCUCACGUUCAAGUAGGAGCUGAUCACCACAUCUGCUGUUUAGAGAGACAUCUCUGAGGCUCUGAUAGGAUACUGUACCUGAGUACGGACGCUGAAUCUGGUUACC